GGUACGUCGAGCUCUGGUCGGCCACCGCCGAAAAGAAGACCCUCCUGAACAACAGCACCGUGUUCCGCGUGGCUCGCCUGGCCCGCCUCAUGCGGCUGGUGCGCGUGGUCAGGCAGAUACGGAGCUUCGACGCGCUGUUCCUGAUGACCACUGCUAUCCGGAGCAGCAUCAUCGUGCUGGCGUGGUCGUGCAUGCUGCUCUUCAUGAUCCAGAUGCUGGUUGCAUUCUUCAUCAACCAGAUCCUGCAUUGGGAUUUCUUCGGCGACGAGCGCUACGACAUCGAAGACAGGCGGAAGGUGUUCGAGUAUUUCGGUACCUUCUCUCGGUCCAUGCUCAGCACGUUCGAGAUGACCCUUGCGAACUGGCCGACGGUAACAAGGGUCGUCGUAGAGAACUACUCCGAGUGGUUCGCGCCCGUGUUCGUGUUGCACAAGCUCACAGUCGGCUUCGCUGUCAUCGGGAUCAUCAACGGAGUAUUCUAUAGGCGUGCUUCUCUUUCUGUUGCUUGCAGUUCAGGGUGUGCGCCAGCCUAGGGCAACGAGGGACUUCUCCACCGCCGCGACCAUCGGGCACCAGAUUGAUUGCGAAGGAAACGUUCCGGGUCGCGGCGAACGACGAUUUCAUCAUGAUGCACCAGAAGGAGUGGUCGCAGAAGACGCACAGGAAGAAGAUGCAGAGGCUCUUCUUGGCCGGCGACGCCUCGGGCGACGGGCAGCUGGACAAGAAGGA